AUGGAUGGAAUGAAUACAUUGGAUAGAGGAGAAAUCAAGAACAGUUGUGGAGCAGCUUUGGAUGACAUGACAGGUGGCAUGACCAGAACCAAAUCUUCACCAAAUUUUGAACAAGACACGACACAAAAAUGUCACCAUUCCGAACAUUCAAAGGAUCCGAAAUCGAUCGAAUCAUCUUCAACAUUUCACAAUCGUGACAGAACGUUUACAACCCUUAUUCGAACCUCUUCGACCAUCAUUCCAAAACCCAUCCAUGAAAAAUUAGAUUUACCAAGUUGCAUUUUUUCGAAUAGUGUCUAUUUGGGAGAUUGUUUUCAAGCAACGAAUCGAAAAUCGAUCGAUUAUUUAAAAAUUACACACAUUGUCAAUUGUACCAAGAAUAUUGAAAACAAGUUUGAAAAGAAUCACGUUCAUCAUUCACAUCAUGGUGAGAAAAUUAUUCACUCUCAAAAUUCGGAUCCCAUUGAAAAUUCCUUAGAGGAUCAAUGUGUCACGAAAAAUGAUUUGGAACAAGAUGCCAUGAUGAUGAUGAUGGACAAGAACAAUAAUACCCUGAAUGCGGAUGUUGCUCACGUUCAAGCCAAUGAUGGAACGUUGAACGACAUUAAAUACAUGAGAGUGGCCAUUGAUGAUGACAAGAAUGCUCCAAUUUCACAAUACUUUCAAGAAUGUUUCGAUUUUAUAGAAGAGGCCAUAAGUAAUUCUGGUGUGGUGUUGGUACAUUGUGCUGCUGGUGUUUCACGUUCAUCCUCCAUUGUCAUUUCCUAUGUCAUGAAAAAGAUGGGAGUUGGAUUUUUAUUUGCGUUUCAAUUAGUUAAAAAACGAAGAAGAAUGAUCAUGCCCAAUGAAGGAUUUUUCAAACAAUUAAUGGAGUAUGAAAAACAAUUGAAUGGUGGCCGUACCAGAAGGAAAUGUUUGGAAAUUGAAAGGAAUUGGGAAAUGGACGAAACUUUUCGAAACAUGACUGUUGCAACAACAACAACAACUCAACUACAAAUAAACCACUCAAAAACUACCAUUUUCAAAUUUAAGGCACUCACUAUUUCUCGUAUGCUUACCAUUCGUGACAAGUCGAACACACCACGAUCGUCGUGGGCACCACCGGAAUAUGAUGAUCAAGCGGAUUUAAAUUUUUCAUUCACACAAGGAUGCCAUUCUUUCAAAAAACAGAAAAAAACUUUUCACACAAAUUGUUAA